CAGCAGCCCUCGUUCAAAGCUGGGUUAUUUUCGUCAUGUAGGAAGAAUGGGAAACAGAUAGGUGGACGAGAACAAAAAGCACGGAAAGGAUUUAAAGGGGGGUUUAAGCCCUCUGAAACCUUUUCCCUCCGGUUGCUUUCACUGAUCGCUCUCUCUCCGCUUUGUGUUCGAGUGCAGUAGUAAUAGCAAUGGCGGAGAAAGGAGGAAAAGGGUUUUCACUGCCCCCAAAAGGAGGAAAGUCUUCCAUCAAAUCUUCCCCUUUAAAGGAAGCAUCCAUAAAAGGGAAGGAUGAUAGCUCAACAAAGAAGAAAGGAAGAAAAGUUCAAUUUGAUUCUGAAGCUGUGAACUUUUCAUCAAAAUCUGGUGGGAAGGACUCACCAACCACAUUUCCUAAAGGAAAAGGAGACAAGGGUGCAAGUGGUGGCAAGGGUUCUGUUUCGAAAGUACCACAACCUCUGGAGCUGAGAAUUGAGCAGGAACUUCCAAAAAAUGCCAAAUGUCUGAUGGCUUGUGAGGCUGCAGAAAUCUUGGAAGGAAUCCAGGAUCGGAUGACCACAUUGUCUAAGGAUCCUUCUAUUAAAAUCCCUGUAUCAUUUGACAAGGGACUGCAGUAUGCCAAAAGAGGCAGCCAUUAUACAAAUACUCAAUCUGUCAGAAGAUCUCUCGAGACUCUAACAAAAUACAGUGUCAUGGAUGGUGAGAUUUGUGUGAUUGCUAAUGUUUGUCCAGAUAAUGUUGAUGAAGCUUUUGCACUAAUCCCGUCCUUGAAGGCUAAGAGAAGCAUAGUCAGUGAUCCUCUGAAUGAUGUUUUAAUUGACCUAGCUAUGGUUAAAAAGUAAACGUAAAAUCCUUACAUGUUGAGAAACCUGAGCUGGCUGAACUUUUAAUGAGAACCUUGCUGUGGAAGAUGCAGAUGGGAACUAUCAUGGAGGGAUCUUGUUGGUGCAGAUGACUUUCCAUUGCCAUUGAAGACUGGCAGCUUUACCGAUUAUCACUGUGUUAAAUGAACUUGUCCAUGGAAUAUGUAUAACCUUUUUUGGGUUUUGUUUCUAGUACUCCUGGAACUGUGGAUGCUUUGUAAAACUCUCUUGGUAAGAAUAUGUAAUUAGUAUUCACAUAUAGUGCUUAUUCAUGUGAAUUUGUGUUUCUGGUC